AUGAAGCGGCAAUUAAGGGUCGUGGUCGUCAUCUGCUGUGGUGCUAACGAAAUCAUUGUCGACGAAGACGUGCCUCAGCCUUUGAUAGCAGUUAUCUCAACGGCAACGCUGUGUGUAAUAUCCAUUAAGGUGGCUGACAAUGACAGCGUCGCUCUGAGCGUUCGUUUACCGGUUGUCAACGGUAUUCAUCGAUUCGAGUUCCGAAGCUGCAUGGAUCCGAGUGUCACUAGCACGAGUCGCGGAGUCACGCAGUCCGGGAAGACUCCCAAGCGUGCCAAAGAGGGCAUGACCACAAGGAAGCGCACUCUCGCUUGGUCUGAGUGCGUGCGAACUCUCUGCGCAAAUCUGCUGCAAGAUCAUUUUGGCCCCGUUACUGCUGCAGUAACGGUAUAUCUGAUGAAUCGCCAGUAUAUGUCGCUUCCGUUAUUGGCCUACCGUUGUCAUCUUCCCAUUAAUCAGGUGAAAGCUGUUCUGCGAAAUCUAAUCCAACAUCACAUGAUCUCCUACCGCAGCGACGAUGCGAACAAGCUCGAAUACACUUGUAUCGUGGAUAGAAUUCUACAGUUGGCUUAUUAUCCGCAUUACUUGAAUAUCGUCGAACUUGCUUAUGGAGAUAUUGGGCAACGCAUUGUGAGGAAAAUUCUCCACCACGGCAUGAUCAGUCUUUCUCAGUGCAUCGACAGAAUCUUGAAGAACCAGCUCGAAGACGAAGAACAGCAGGAAAAUAUCAUUGGUCCGGACGACAUCGCAGCAAAGUUUACGGAGUUAGUAAACGCUCACUAUGUUUGUCGAUGUGACAACGUCCGCGCCUUUGAAGGCGGCUCCGAAAACACAGUGCCAAAGUUUAGCCCUUUCAGUGAUCCGUUUCUAGUACCAGAAGCUUCCGAUAGAAAUGGUUUUACUGGGAACGUUAGUCCAUCACGUAAACGAACCAUCAUUUCAUCCGCUACCGGUACGGUAUCCAAAGGUGAUUCGGGCGUUAUGUGGCGUAUCAACUUUGAUAAGUUCAGCCGACAGUUACGAAAUUCGUUCAUCUUAAAGAUGGUUAAAAGCUAUUACUGCCAGGUGAGAUAUGGUUUUGCGAAGUGUAUUGAAUACGUCGCUGAAUAA